AUGGCAACUCUACGAGAGUCGGAGAAAGACUUGCGGGAUCUUCUCAAGUCUGGAAUAUCGCCUUCCGAAGAAAGUUUCAAUGAAGUCACAUUGCUUCAGUUGGCCAUGGGCUGGCCUACGGGCGUCAAAUUAUUGCGCCAAACGCACCCACGCACCUUUUUACCGCACUCUUACCAUUCAGGGCAUCUGUCUUACUUGAGCAUCACAGAUGAAGAUGACCAGAUCAAUCGAUAUAUCCAGUCCUGCAGGAAUUUGAUUGAAGAUGGAUUCACAAUACAGAUUGGCGCCAUUGUUGAUGGCUCGUCCAAUAAAGUGACAAGGUUACUCAUUCACGAACUGGCCAAAAGAAGAAGGAAUCUCCUAGAUAUAGCGGAAGCGCAUAUUCAUUACAGUGUAUUAUCUGAUCUCAGAAAUGGGGAGACUGGGAUUCCUGACGCCUCCGCUCCUGCAAUAUGCGAUGCAUUGACAGCAAAGGGACACAAAAUCGAUCAAACAUUGACGGCUUUUCAAAGACGAUCGAUCUUUUGCUGGAAACAGCACCCAGACAAUCUUAAUACGAUAUAUGAAGCUGGAUUCACAGACGUGGAUCUACCUUCCACAGAGGGGUUUACCGCAUUGAUGUUUCAAUGCAUGCCCUACUUUGACGAUCAUUCAUGUAUGACUGUCGCAUGGAUGAUUUCAAAAGGAGCCGACCCCUUUCGAAAGCUUCCUGGGUUGGAAACCACAGUUUUACAUUGGAUCAAUGCAGGAUUGGGACAAAGGUUCCAAAUCGAGGCCAACGAGAUCCAACGAGGAAACCGGGCAGCUAGCUAUUUUGACCCUUAUGCUGCAAUAUGUCACUUGCACCAAAUUGACAGGCAUUUGUUUUCUUUAUCAAUCAAGGACGCAUGUUUAUGCUCAUGUUCUCUUGAUGGGUGUUCUCCAUUGUCGGUUGCCCUGCGGGAUACUGUCCAUCAUUUGUAUCUGGGUGAUCAACAGAUUAGCCAAGAUGCACACAGAUUUCGGCAAUUUUUGGAAUUCCUUCUCCACCACAACCAGUCCAAGAUAGAGGUGUGCCACACACUUAUUAGGAGUCUCACCUUUGAUGGGCUAGGUCUGAGUCACACGUGCUGCACCGAACUCCGCCAUUAUGAGCCUUGGGACUGUAUCCGCCACGAGUCCGACCUUCAGGAAAUCAGAGAAGAGCAGAAAUUAUCGCUUGGGAGGUUUGAGAACCUUGUAUCUGAGUUUGUUUCUCAGUUUGAUGCCCUCGGGCUUUCCUUGAUGGACUUCUUACAAAAUGCUUGGUAUGAGCGGAUGGUGAGAUUCAUAUCAGAACGCGACAAAUAUGACCACGAGCACCACGAAAAGAUUCGAGAACUUGGCAUCAAUUGUUGGGAGACGGAUGAGAUUGAGAUACCACUUGUUGUUCAACUUAUUUGUGACCAGGCUAGGGUGGUUGAGAGUGACUCUGAGGAUUCGUGA